CGCACCCCUGAGGAAAGAGGGACGAAAACAAACUGCAGAAGCCCUGAAAGAUAAUUCUCAAGUCAGCCCGAGGCGCGGGGGCAGAUCCGCGCUCUCCCAGGCUCUGGAGGCCUCUGCUAUGACCGCAGUCCUUUCCCAGAGCCAGGACUGCCCGUCGCUGCCACAGCCACUCCAGGUGCCCGCGCUGCCCUGCCUGUCCCCCGCCCCGCGUCACCAUGGGCAGCGUCAGUAGCCUCAUCUCCGGCCACGGCUUCCACAGCAAGCACUGCCGCGCUUCGCAGUACAAGCUGCGCAAGUCCUCCCACCUCAAGAAACUCAACCGCUACUCGGACGGGCUGCUCAGAUUCGGCUUCUCCCAGGACUCGGGGCAUGGCAAGUCCAGCUCCAAAAUGGGCAAGAGUGAAGACUUCUUCUACAUUAAAGUCAGCCAGAAGGCCCGGGGCGCCCACCACCCCGAUUACACUGCACUGUCCAGUGGGGACCUGGGGGGCCAGGCUGGGGUGGACUUCGGCCCGUCUACCCCACCCAAGCUCAUGCCCUUCUCCAAUCAGCUAGAAAUGGCCUCAGAGAAGGGUGCGGUGCGGCCCACAGCCUUCAAGCCGGUGCUGCCACGAUCAGGAGCCGUCCUGCACGCCUCCCCCGAGAGCACCGGCCACCAGCUGCACCCCGCCCCUUCGGACAAGCCCAAGGAGCAGGAGCUGAGGCCCGGCCAGUGCUCCGGGGCUCUGUCUGACUCCGGCCGCAACUCCAUGUCCAGCCUGCCCACACACAGCACCAGCAGCAGCUACCAGCUGGACCCGCUGGUCACAGCCGUGGGGCCCGCCAGCCGUUUUGGGGGCUCAGCCCACAACAUCACCCAGGGCAUCCUCCUCCAGGACAGCAACAUGAUGAGCCUGAAGGCGCUGUCCUUCUCCGACGGUGGCAGCAAGCUGGCCCACCCAAGCAAGGCGGACAGGGGCGGCUCCUGCGUGCGCUCGCCCAUCUCCACGGACGAGUGCGCCAUCCAGGAGCUGGAGCAGAAGCUGCUGGAGAGGGAGGGCGAGCUGCAGAAGCUGCGGCGCAGCUUUGACGAGAAGGAGCUGGCCUCCAGCCAGGCCUACGAGGAGCGGCCGUGGCGCUACCCCGAGGAGCUGGAGGGCCCCGAGCCCAAGAGCAGCAGCCGGCUGAAGGCCUCGCAGAAGGGCCAGCGCACACAGCAGGUGCUGCACCUGCAGGUGCUGCAGCUGCAGCAGGAGAAGCGGCAGCUCCGGCAGGAGCUGGAGAGCCUCAUGAAGGAGCAGGACCUGCUGGAGAGCAAGCUGCGGUCCUACGAGAAGGAGAAGACCAGCUUCGGCCCCGCGCUGGAGGAGACCCAGUGGGAGGUGUGCCAGAAGUCGGGCGAGAUCUCCCUCCUGAAGCAGCAGCUGAAGGAGUCCCAGAUGGAGGUCAACGCCAAGGCCAGUGAGAUCCUCAGUCUGAAGGCGCAGCUGAAGGACACGCGGGGCAAGCUGGAGGGCAUGGAGCUGAAGACACGGGAUUUGGAGAGUGCGCUGCGCACCAAGGGCCUGGAGCUGGAGGUCUGUGAGAACGAGCUGCAGCGCAAGAAGAACGAGUCGGAGCUUCUGCGGGAGAAGGUGAACCUGCUGGAGCAGGAGCUGCAGGACCUGCGGGCGCAGGCCGCCCUGCAGCGGGACCGGGGGCCGGUGCUGGGGGCUGGGCCGGGGCCCACCUUCUCCGAGGACAUCCCGGCCCUGCAGCGGGAGCUGGAGCGGCUGCGGGCUGAGCUGAAGGAGGAGCGGCAAGGCCACGACCAGAUGUCCUCAGGCUUCCAGCACGAGCGGCUGGUUUGGAAGGAGGAGAAAGAGAAGGUGAUCCAGUACCAGAAGCAGCUACAGCAGAGCUACCUGGCCAUGUACCAGCGGAACCAGCGCCUGGAGAAGGCCCUGCAGCAGCUGGCCCACAGAGACGGGGCCGGGGAGGCUCUGGAGAUUGACCUUGAAGGGGCCGACAUCCCCUACGAGGACAUCAUAGCCACCGAGAUCUGAGGGGCCUUCUGGGAGGGGAGAGCCGGACCUGGCAUUGGGAGGCAGGGUGCAGGGCUGUCCAGGAGGGCUCCCUCCCCUCCUCCCUGCUCCAUAACUGAGCCUCUGAGAGAAGCCUGCCCGGGCACAGACCUGGGAUCCUCAGGGGGAGGGAAGCAGAGGGGAGAGAAGGGACUGCCCCUGGCCCUCCUCCCCUUUCCCGUGGCGCAGUGCUCACCACUCUGCCGCCCACCAGACCUCUAGCCUUCCCAAGAGAUGGGCCAGGCGUCUCCAUCAUUUGGUCAAGGUCUCCCUACACCUUGGCCUGUAUUCAAAUACUUAGAGAUACCCUUCCCCAGGGAUGGUGGUGGCUGCCAUGAAGGUCAGCGACCCCCUCUCUUCCCACCGUCUUUCUCCCCCGACACACUGGGAUGCCUUGGGAAUAGAAAGAAGCCAUUUGUGACCGGAAUCCUUGUAAUCUGACCCAGUCAUCACCUGAGCUCUUCCUCUGGCUGAGGAGGCACAGUGGUUGGAGCGGGGUGCUGGCUUGGCCACAUCAGCGCUGCCCCAGGGCCGGCCGGCCACAGAAAGGAGGGGAGAGCUGGGUAGGCCUGGUCAGCGAGGACCCCAGGGGGCAGAGGGAGAAGCUCAGUAGUCUGACCCGACCCUGCUGGGCCUGCUGACACGGUGAGCCGCCUCUGGGCAGCCGGUGGCCUUUGAUCUCUGUGACCACUUUUCUUAAAGCCAUACAUACCUGGGUAGGUGCUGGGAAGGGAAGGUUGCAGGCUCGGGGACACGGGUGGGCGUGGCAUUCCAGCUGUCCCAAGGAGAGCCUGGGAUAGUUCCUGGUGGGGUCUGGAGGCGCGGCUUCCGCACCUGGCUAAGUUGGCCAGCGGCUACUUUGAACUUGUUUUCUUCCCAAGAACCCAGCCUUUGCUGGAUCCAGAAUAGCCGGUACCCACUAAGAUGGUCAGGACGACCUGGGCAGUGGCACACCGGCUCCCUUCACGGCUCCAGGGCCAAGUUCAGACAGGAGUCCUUCCUGGUCAGGGGGGGGUCCCCACAGUGCCGGUGGCCCACCCCCAGGCAGGGAGACACAGCCUUGUGAACGUCCCAGGGCCACGCGGGCCUCCCUCCACUCCGAGCCCCAGAGCCAGACUGUCAGGAAGCCAGAGGCUGCAGCUGCUGGGAGCUGGGCCGGAGUCGGGGGAGGCGGGGUCUCCGUUCUCAGGAUGUGCAGCGCUGGGAAGCACAGAAAAGGUAGAGUUUCUCAGUUACUUGUUUCAGAAUUCUUUUUUCUUCUUUUUCUUUCUUUCUUGUCUUUUUAGAAGCAAGCCAGAUCUAGAGGCAGCCAGGCUGUUCCAUGUUCUAUUUUUGACUCUAGCCACAGCUGCUGUUCCUAGGACAGCCAGCCCUU